CUUAAUAUAAGAAUAUUCUGAAAUAUAUCAAAUAGCUUUUAUAAAGAUGGGUAAACAUGAAGUUGGAACACCUAAAUAUAUUGCAAAUAAGAUUAAAGCAAAGGGUCUUCAGAAAUUAAGAUGGUAUUGUCAAAUGUGUCAAAAACAAUGUAGAGAUGAGAAUGGUUUCAAAUGUCAUACACUGUCUGAAUCUCAUCAUAGGCAAUUACUACUUUUUGCUGAUAAUGCAAAUAAAUAUAUGGAUCAAUUUUCUAAAGAAUUUUCUCAUGGUUAUUUAAAUUUAUUAAAACGACAAUUUGGAACAAAACGUGUUCCUGCUAAUAGAGUUUAUCAAGAAUAUAUUGCUGAUAGAAAUCAUGUACAUAUGAAUGCAACUAUGUGGCUGACAUUAACAGCUUAUGUUAAAUGGUUGGGUAGAUCUGGAAAAUGUGUUGUAGAUGAGACAGAAAAAGGUUGGUUUAUUACUUAUAUUGAUCGUGAUCCUGAAACAAUAGCAGCCCAAGAAAAAAAAAUGAAAAAGGAUAAAAUGGAUAGAGAUGAUCAAGAAAGAAUGAUGGAUUUUAUUAAUAAACAAGUACGUGAUGGUAAAUCAAAUAGUGAAACAACAGAUGAAUUAAAGCCACUUGAAAGACUAGGAAAUAAUUCACCUAUUGUUCUAGAUAUAAAAAUGAAACCAAAAAAAUUAUUCUUAAUAAAUUCAAAUCUACCAAUCAACAGAUGUUUAAAUAUUAAGGAAAUUAAAUUAAAUAAUGAAGUUUCAACUCAUAAAAAAAGUAUAAGUAGUUCUGAAAAAGAUAAAUCAAAAUUAAAACGUAAAGUAUUAUUAGAAAUUAAAAAAAAUUUAACAAAAAAGGGAAGAUAUUACAGUGAUAACGAAGAUGAGAAUGAUAAAAAUAAUAGUUGGUUAAGGGUGGGUUUAUCUGUAAAAAUUAUUUCUAAAUCUCAUGGAGAAAAAUAUUAUAAUGCAAAAGGAGUAGUACAAGAAUUAAAAGAUUUAAAUAAAUUUGUUGGUAAGAUUAAAUUAAAAUCACCCAAUAAUGUAAAAGAAGAUUUGAUAAUGAUAGAUCAGAAGUGUUUGGAAACAGUAAUUCCAUCAAUUGGUAGAGAAGUUAUGGUUUUGUGGGGAAAAUAUAGUGAUAAAAUAGCAAUUAUAAAAAAUCUUCGAAUAAAUGAUUUUUGUGUUGAUAUUGAAUUAAAAAAUGAAAGAAAACUUUUAAAAAAGAUUCCUUAUGAACAAGUUUGCAAAUAUAUUGGUUAAUUAUUUGAUCAAAAU